AUGGUUGGUUGGUUGUUUGGAGUUGAGGUGGAAGUGAGCGAGGAGUGUGUGGAGGAUAACUCGAUGGUUGUGCUCACCCUCGAGGCACGUGAGGCCACCUGGCUUCAUCGCAGACGGUCGGACAGGCUGGAUGUAGUUCAGACUUCCAAGAGAGUGUGUCAGGAUGGUCCUCCUCUCAUUAGACCAAGCCUAUCCAACGCUGACUUCCGCCAAAUUGCAAUGACUCCGAGACCUGGGUCGACUGUCCCCACAAAGAAAACCCCUGCAGAGGGGGGACGAAGGCAGUUGAUUGAGGACUCCAAGUUGCUGGGUGGGGACAUGGAGCACACACAUCUCGUGAAAGGACUCGAUUAUGCCUUUUUGGAGAAAGUCCGGUCGGAAAUAUUCCACAAAGACGAGUCCCCGAGGACUAAUUCCAGCCAGAUUGUCAUCACUAAACUCGUCCAAAUUCUCAAGGAACUGCGGGAAGGAACUCGUCGGCCCAGAAACACGGGGAAAGUGGAGUCGCCCCAGAAGGAGUGUCCUCCUGUGGUGGAGACCAAGUCAGGUGAGUGUAUAUUCGACGACUGCGGGGAGUACGACAGCACUGCCCGGGGAGUAGUCGUGGCCAAGAAGUCGAGGUCAUAUUUCGACCGGCCUGAGGAAAUGAAGGAGGCCCCCGUUAAUCUGUUCAAACACCUGAAGGACCCCCGACCGGUCACUGCACAUUCUGAGCAGAGUAACUACGCCGAGUGCUACCCUGCGUACGUUCCUUUCCGUAUUGCAGAUAUUACGAGACUGUGGAUGUCCUGGUGAGUAGUGACGAGGAGGGGCGACCCAGGAAGGGGACACACAAUGAGUCGGGUGGCAAAUAUAGAAGUAACAAGGACUUCAAAGCAGCCAAGAAGAACGAAAAACAAAAGUUGGACAAUCAGUGGCGUAAAAUGAGCAAUAUUUGGGGGUUGACUACUCAA